ACGAUUUCUGCCAUACUAUUCUUUAUUCGUGUCAUGUGACUUCGCAACAAUUGUCAAGUUUGACAUCAACAUUUUUUCGUCUGCGUUGCGUCUCCCUUGUCGAAUUGCACGUGUGUCAACAGAGACAUUUUUAUUUCGUGGAAUUGACAAAAAAUCUUUUUUCUUUUUUGAACGUCCCUUCAAAUCCGGCGAUUGUUAGGGCUGAAUCGUUAUCAGCUGCCACGUGCAUCGCCUUGGGGUUUCGAACUACGUCUUUUUUUGCCAUUAAAUAUAGGAAGACGCAAAACCUGGCUGCCUCCCGAGGGCAAGUAUUUUUGUGUAAAAUCAAAGCGCAAUGGCGCUGUGGUCUUAUUUCGGUGAAAGGAGAAGUUUUCGUAGGUCCACUGAAUCGAACCAAAAUGUGGGCCGACGUCUAGUCAACGGCCAAAAACUUCAUCGAGGGCGCAGCAUUAGCGAGACCAACGACAGCGUUCUUGAAGAUGUGGAAGAAGAGAUUCCCAGUACAGAGUCUGGCUCAUCGCCCACUGAAAGCAGCGUCUAUCACAGUUUGCCCUCUUACCAGGGAAGUCUCCAUCGCCAUAACACUCUAUUUAAACGCUGGAUGGCCAGUCGAAAUCGUUCAGUUGACGAGUCAGCCAGUUCGAAUUCUCUUAAUCGGCGUGGUGAAUUGUUAAACGAGCCUGUUCCCGUACACUAUCAUCGACGUCCUGUUCAAACCAACACCACCAAUAAUAACACCAUUAGCACCGGAAUGUUCACCCCGAGCAGUAGGCAGCGUGUCCGGCAUAGCUCGGCGCCAGUUCCCAACCAACCUUUACGACUUGAUCCCAAUUUCGUCGAUAAAAAUCUUAUCGAUGUUAAAGAAGAUACAAAUGAUGGCGGUGAAAAUGAGUCAGAAGAUAAUGAGGACCGCUCAAACAACAAGGACAUUUGGAUUCCACGGAGGAACUACGUCUACAGAAAGUCUUCGCUCCCGCUACCCGUAAUCGUGACCGAAGACGUGGACGCUUCAGAAGUGGACAGGAGCCGGAGUCCUAGCGGCGCUAUGACCAGUCAAGACAGCGGAGCCAGACCCCGAGCAGGGACGUGGAGUAUGCCUCAACCUAAUCCCGGACGACAUGGCGCAACGCCGAGUUGUGCCAUACCCUCCAGUUCAACGCUCAUUGCCGCCCAUGAUGAUCGUCUGCGUCGGAAAUCUGGUGACGACGUCGGUUUAUUCGGAUCGCCCGGCCGUCAUAAGGCCCUUGGAAGUGCCCAUAUUUUUGAAGCAUUUCGGCCGCGUUCCAAAUCUGAUGCCCAGCGCGCCAUUAAGAAACCAAACAUCAUGAGUACAGUCAAGAACGCCGUUCAAAACUCGCUGAUGGGAUCCCCAAUUGUGGCUGGUCGCAUUGCGUCUCCCGGGAGCCCGGGACCGUCUUCUCUUCCUUAUGAAGUUCCUACUUACGGUAGUGGUAAUGGCGUCAACGACAAGAACAGGACACGAUCCAUCACGGAAUCCUCGGCGUCGCGCGGACCCGUCUCGAAAGUCAUGGAUAUGUUUCGCCAUCGUUCGCAGAGCGUCACUUCGUCGGACGACAAACGCAAACAAAAAACUCAGCAGCCGACCGUCGUCAUUAGCAACAAUAACAACAGUCAUGGAGCUUUGAUUCGGCGCGGCGAUGAUCGCCGACGAGCCUCCCUAGGCGCCGGAAUUCCGGGCGCGCUCCGCACUGGUGAUAGCGCCGCUCCUUUUGAUCCCAACCAUGCGGCCAUUUUAUUCCGCGAUUCCAGAGGACUUCCAGUCGCCGAUCCUUUCCUGGAUAAGCUGGAUUUUGGAGAUUUGGAUGAUGAGAACCAGAUUUUCGUCAAGUUCUUCAAGUUCCACAAAUGCUACGAUCUCAUACCGACCAGCGCCAAGCUGGUCGUCUUCGACACUCAGCUACUGGUGAAAAAGGCUUUCUUCGCGCUAGUCCAUAACGGAGUUCGUGCUGCGCCAUUGUGGGAUAGCAAGAAACAAUGUUUUGUUGGCAUGCUUACUAUCACAGAUUUCAUCCGCAUCUUGCAAAUGUAUUACAAGUCCCCGUUGGUGCAAAUGGAAGAACUGGAGGAGCACAAACUAGACACCUGGCGAAACGUUCUUCAGCAGGACUACAAAGGACUUCAGAGUAUUAGCCCAGAUGCCUCCCUUUUCGAUGCGAUUUACACGUUGAUCACCAACCGAAUUCACCGAUUGCCUGUUAUCGAUCCGCAAACAGGCAAUGUAUUGUACAUUGUCACACAUAAGAGGAUAUUGCGUUUUCUCUUUCUAUAUUUGAAGGAUAUGCCGAAACCCAGUUUCAUGAACAAGACAUUGAGAGAAUUGAAUAUUGGCACUUAUCUUAAUGUCGAAACGGCCAGCCCUGAUACCCCAAUCAUAACCGCGCUUACCAAAUUCGUCGAAAGAAGAGUCUCUGCUUUGCCCAUUGUGGAUGCGCAAGGCAGGCUGGUCGAUAUCUACUCCAAAUUUGACGUUAUCAAUUUGGCUGCGGAGAAGACCUACAACAACUUGGACAUUACCCUGACCCAAGCCAACGAGCAUCGAAACACUUGGUUUGAAGGUGUUUCAAAAUGCCACCUGGACGAUCCCCUUGGUACCGUAAUGGAAAAAAUAGUUAGAGCCGAGGUUCACCGUCUUGUUGUCGUGGAUAACGAGGAUCACGUCAUCGGCGUCAUUUCGCUCUCUGACAUUCUUUCAGAACUUGUUUUGAAACCGAGCCUUUCGUUUGCAGGCCAUUCAAAGAAGAGUAGUUUAUGUUCCGACGCCGAAAACACUGGCACUAUACCAGAAGAAACGGGAUCUGAUGAUGAAAUUGAAUUGGCAUUCAAGGCGGAGACCUUGGACCAACCUUUAGCAGCAUGUGAGGAUAUCGCAAUGAUGGAUGAUGAUGAAGAAAGUUCAAGGGAAUUACGAGAUGCUCUGAAUGGUGUCACCAUGGCAGAAACCAAUAAGCCAGCCGUUGUUUCUGUAGGAGAGUGAUUGUGUUCAUUGCACAGACAUUGCGGCAUAUGUACACCUUGUUGUUUUUCCUUAUCUUUCUUGUUGGAUGUAAAAACCUGAGUGUUUCGUACGUCAACCAUCUGUGGGCGAUUGCUUUUCAUGCCGUAAACAUUGUGAUUGCAACUCACCAUUUGCCCAUUUGCAACGUUGUUCACUCUUUCCUCUUGUUCUUGCAACUGGAUAAUUUGUUGAUAAUCAACAGCAUGAUAUAUAUAUAUAUAUCUUUUCUCUUCUGAUUCUAAUCCCCUAUGAGCAAGAAAAAAAAAUUAUGCGUGUGGUAUAUACAUAAUAUGAGAAGGGCGAGUGGUUACAUCCAUACGAAUCAAUCGCUGGUUUCUGUUUUAUAGAAUUAUCUCAAUAUUUCUUCAUUUUCUUUCUGCGUUUUAAUUAUUUCUCGUCCUCCUGUUGCCAUACGUUACCAUUUUGCCAAGUUUUUUUAUGAGCUUCUAUGGCUCUCGCGGCUCCCAUAAUUCGAAAAAAGUGUGAUUCAUGAGUGGGAGCUUGAAGAUGUAUAAAUCUCUCUUUAACCCAAUGUUCCUUUGUCUUUAGUGUCAAACGAUUUUGUACUUUUCGAGUACUUGUGCAUAUGAAUAAGCAAAUGGAACUAAAAAGAAAUCAGGUGACCUGAGAAAUCGCAAGGAAAAAAGAUCGUGCGAGAGGGCUUAUGUUCUUUAGAGAGAUUAAAUACAGAUGUCGAAACUA